UUGAAUUGGAUUACGCAAUCCGCAAUCCCAGAGCUCUCGGCUCUUGUACGUCAUUGCGCCUUGACGGGAUUUAGAGGCGAACUAUGUAAAUCGACCGAAUCAUCAGAAUCAUAGAAAGAAACAUCCUAAAAUUUCCCGUGACACGUGACUUUUCUCGUUUGUCUUCAGUUCUACUGCUCGCGCGCCUCAGAUCAGUUUCGCGCCGAAAACACCUCCUUGUACGCGAGACGCGGUUUGUUGGGCGAAUCCAGGCUGAAGAACGCGUUUGUACCGACAUCUGUGGAGAAGCAGAACAUACAGUUACUACGUAAUAGUCGGUUAUAUAUAUAUAUAUAUAUAUAUAUUCUACUAUAAUAUCACCAAACUCAAACGUUUUCGUCUCUUAAUAAACAUGGAGUUGUUUUCCAUUACAGUGAAAGAUCUAUUAGCGAAGCUCCUGCAUAGCCAAAGUAAUGAGAGCGUGAGUGAAUUUAUCGAGCAGCUAUUUGAUAAAGUUGGAUCCUCUGAACAACGCGCUAAAAUUCAGGAUUCACAGGUUGAAGAAUAUGUUCUUCAAUUAUGGAACUGGGCUGUGACUAAAAAUGUUGGUUUAGCCAUCAGUGAGGAACAAAGAGCCAAAGUGCGUCAUAUAGCUUGCCGACUUCUGUAUUUAUGUGAACCUGAGAACCCAUCAGAAAAUACCAUUCGCAAGCAGAUUUUGAUGGCUAGUAAAACUGGAAGAACAUGGCUUGACUGUAAAAAUCCUAAGCUUGCUGAUGUUUUCUUCAGUCAGGCUGUAACUAGCCUGGAGAUUCUUUAUUGCAGAUUGAUGUCACAAAGAGACGAAGGUGCUGAUAUGAACCUUCCAAAAGCAGAUGCUGAGAAGGAGCUGCUGCGGAUUCUUUCUUAUAAAGCUGAAUCAGCACUUGCCCAGGAGAACCAACUGGAGGCUGUUUCCUGUGUAGACCGAUGUAAAGAAAUGCUUCUUAGACUUCCCAAGGAGACUGCAUAUCUGUCCAUAAUUUGCUAUAAAUUUGGGGUGGAUGCAUACAAUAAAAAGAAGCUUGAGGACAGUUCAUUGUGGCUCAGUCAAAGUUAUGAUAUAGGGAAGAUGAAUCCAAAGUACUCUCAAGGGCCAGAAAUGCAAGCCAAAGUCCUGAGGCUACUUGCUAAAGUUUAUUUGGAGUUAGACUGUCAGAAGUAUCAGGAUAAAGCUCUUUAUGCUGUGUGCCGGGCAAAUGAGGAAUGCUUACAACCACAGGGUAUUUAUCUUAAGAUCCGCAUUUUGCUAAAAAGUGGAACAACAGAUGAAGUUGUAAAAUCUGAACUCAAAGAAUUACUUGACUCUGAGGUUCAGCUAGAUGUGUGUCUUAGCACAGCCAAACUGCUGAUAGCAGAGGAUAGAGAAACAUUGGCCUUUGAAUUUCUGAACAUGAUUUGCCAACAUUUUGAAUCCUCUCCUGAGCUGGGCUCUGCACUUUUGUUGCAUAUUGAGUUGCUGAUGCUAAAAGGCAGAGAACUGCUAUGCAAACAGAAAAUUGAGGAUGCAAUUACAGGUCAUUACAAAGGAAGGAAGUUAUCACCACACAAUCUUAUCUCUCUCCACCUUUUACUGUGGGAUAAAGCUGCUAAAAGCAUUGAGGCCAAAAACUAUUAUGAGGCUCUGCAGUGGUACAACUAUUCAUUAAGUUUUUACAAGGCAGGUGAGUUGGAUCAGAACCUGGCCAAACUGCAAAGAAAUAGAGCUUCCUGUUUCCUUUAUUUGCAGCAACUAGACAAGGCCAAGGACGCGAUUUCAGAGGCACUUAAAUGUGAUCCAAACAGCAUCUUCACACACUUUAGUGUCUACAAGAUUGCAAUUCUGGAGAACAAUACAAAGAAGGCUGCUAAGGCUAUAGAAGAUAUUGGUGUGCUAGCCCAGAUGCCUGUGUCCAAUGAGGAUAAGCUUCUUGCCACUGAGAAUGCAGCAGCAAACCUUCUCAGCUUGGCUGCUCAGAUUGCUCUGGAUAAUAAACAGCAGGACACAGCGAUGAAAGCACUGGAACUUUUUUGUAAACUCUCAGAUGAUGUAGUCCAAGUGAUUACUGCUCUCAGGUGUUUAAUCCGACUUGUCCUGUCAACAUUGGAAAAUGCACACAAUGAAAAUAGGAAUGACAGUCAAGAUGCACUUUUGUUGUAUCUAAAGAUGGCACUUAAAAAUGUGUCUCGACUCAAAAAAGAACCUGGCCAAGGAGGGGACAUUUGCUCUGAUGAAGCCAACUGGUUUAGAAGGAUAGCAUGGAAUGCAGCAUUGCAGUGUGAGAGCAGCUCUGUUCGAAUGAAGGAUUACUUUCUUCUGUGCUACCAGCUGUCACAGCUAUGUGUUCAAGAUAGAGGCGUGAUGAUGGGACAGAAGACGUGUUUGCUGAUGGCUGCUGCUGCUUGUCUGGAAAUCUGCUGCAUGACUUCUCAAACUGAACAACAGACCGAGAUCCUGAUCCAAGCUUUAGAGCACAUUCAGAGCUGCUGGGAAAUAUGGAGGGUUUUAAAAGCUUUAGGUGACUAUGCCAGAGAUCCAACUGAAACUUUAUUGUGUCUUUACGAGUUUGAGGCACGAGCCAAAUUAAAUGAUCCCAGGCUUGAGUCAGUGCUUGAGUCAGUCCUGGAGCUUGAAACCGUUGACACAAAGAUUUUGGAGACAGUUGCCACCUUAGCAAUGAAAGCCCCAGCCCACUUUCCUGUGGUGUGUAAGAAGGCUUUAACGAUUGCCCUAUCUCUACACAAGCAAGCCCCACAGGCAGAUCUGACACGCUGCUGUUACUGCUUGCACACUCUGAUCCAGCUGUCACUGCCCAGUGGUGUGUGUGAAGUGGAGCCUCAUAUAUUAGAGGAAGUGUGGGGUUACUAUGAGGAGGCCCUGUCCAUCAUUUCAACUGCAUCUGAAGACUUUCCAGAACUGGAGAUCUUAUGGCUGUUGACUCGAGCAUGGAACACAGGAAUUUUGCUCUACAGUCUGUCCCAGUAUGCUGAGGCUGAGAAGUGGUGUGGUUUAGGCAUAAGCUUCUUACAGCACCUGGGUUCUAUGCAGGACAGCUAUCAGACUCAGAUGUCUGGUCUGUAUAGUGAGGUGCUUGAUAGGCUGGACAAAGCCAAAAAGAACACCAUAAUGGAGGAGUAAUUACUGAUUUAGGUACAGCUUUUGUAUUCAGUAGCAAGUGAAGACUGCACUGAAUUGUAUAUGAUUGGAAAAUGUUCACUACCUUACUUAUUGAAAAUUUGCAGAUGCAACAUACUAUAUUAUCCUAUACUCUCCUAA